ACAAGCACUUCAAUCGGCACCUUCAGUCCAGGAUUGUCACACCACACGGUUAACGAUGUCGCCAACGUCACGCCAGUGUGGUUAGUCUCAGCUUCUCGAUGGUGUGGAUGCGAAGACUGAGACCUCGAUGUGGAGAUAGCGUUGUCAUUAGGAAGCAUCGCAGCAGUGACAGACGUGGCCGUAGUUGUAAAUGGGUGCUGAGUUGUGGACCAUAAGGAGAGCGUGCUCAUCGCCAAAGAAGUACUGCCAUACGCAUAAAACCGUGUCGAGACUUGUCCAGUUAGCAGCGAAGAGACGACGCACCAUGCAUGUCAUCCAAAUUUGUCCAAUGAAAUUCGCGCCAUUUUGGUAACUCGAGACAGCGCUCACUCAAAUUGUUCUUCAAAGUGCGUUCGAAGAACUUUUUACAUGACGAUGGCGAACGUAAUGCGGCUGCUAGGGAUACGUUCCAGAAAGCGAGCCGAUGACGGAUCCCUCUGCCAAUUGACUCUGAACGUCGACGAAGCCGACGACCAAUUCGAGGAGCCGGCAACUCCUCCUAGUGCGACGCUGCCUGGCCCCACCGGCCCCGUUGAGCUGGCAUACGUCGUCGAUGGUCUACCGGUACCACAGAAGGCUUUCAACGUUGAAGUCGUGCGGGACGCCCUCCGGUAUCAGGCGCGACCGAGCGACGUAUUCGUGGCCACCUACCCAAAGACGGGCACUACGUGGACGCAGUACAUCGUCUGGAUGCUCCUGAACCUGGACCGAUUGGACGAGGGAGUGCCGUUAUUCACGGAUAUCGUGACACGGCACGUGCCCUUCCUGGAGCGCGUGAGCCCCGUUCCGUAGUGCGUAGUUUUUACUUGCGAUAGCACGUGACACUUGAAGCCUCUCGUCUAAAGCCUCUUGAUCGUCAUGUGGGCCUUCCGAGAUGCGUAUAACCACGCAAAAUUCGGCUAUCGGCAGGAUGGCAUACUUGAUGUUUGCAGUGAUCGGUUCCGUCUUGUAUGAA